GUGAAGCAUGAAUUCAUUUUCAUCGUCUCUCUUUUAACUUCAUCGGGUGCUGCAUUUGGAAUGAGCCUGCUUUUGGUGCUUGAGAACAAGCGGUCUCCAAAGCCUUCAGAUUUGGCUGUUCUUUAUCUUCUGCCAUCAAUCAUAUGCGAUGUUCUUCUUCUUACAAUGCCACCGAAAAUUCAGGCAUUGUCUACAGCCUCACAGCCAUUACUUGCUCGAUGUGUCUUGCACUCAGCCAUCUUAGUAUUCGAGAGUUGUGAUAAACGCCCUUCACUUGGCAGCUCUAGCAAUCUACAAUCCCCAGAAGAAUCACAUGGUGUGCUAGGUAGGGUGCUAUACACUUGGAUAAACCCCAUCUUGUUUCAAGGAUAUACAAACAUCCUCGUUGACCAAGAUUUGCCACCUCUCAGUCAAGAUAUGAAGCCAGAGUUUAUAAGGAAGUCAAUGCUUCAAACAUGGUCCCUUCGAGCCAAGCCAGAAACAAAGUACAGUCUACCUUUGGCGUUGAUGAAAUGCUUGAAGCAUCCGUUCUUGGCUGCUGUCAUGCCACGACUAUUCUUGAUUGUUUUUCGGUAUUCUCAACCUCUACUAAUAAAAGAGUCCAUCAAAUAUGUCGUUACAUAUCCUACCGAGGAAGAAAGUAGCCGCGGGUUUUGGCUUGUGGUAUCAGCCGUGGCUAUCUACAUUUGCCUUGCUUUAUCAACAGCUGUGUACCAGCACCGCAUAAACAGACUGAAGCUUAUUACUAGAGGUGCCCUUGUGGGGUUGAUUCAUGAAAAGACCAUGGAGUCUCCUAGCAUUGCUUAUGACAAUGGCGAGGCUACCACGCUUAUGAGUACAGAUGCAGAUAGUCUAGAUGGGAUCGCCGAAAUGGUUCACGAGAUAUGGGCUCAGGUUAUUGAAGUUUUCAUAGGUGUAGGGCUUCUCGCUAUUCAAGUUGGCUGGAUCUGGCCUCUGCCGCUUUUUCUUAUUUACUUAUGUUCACAUAUGAGUCGAUUCGUUGCCAAGAAUUUACGACCUCGUCAAAAAGCUUGGAAUGUAGCAACACAAAAUCGUAUAGGAGCCACCAGUUCAUUUAUAAGUUCCAUGAAGAUCAUUAAGAUGAUUGGGCUCCAACAUAAUCUUACCCGCCGAGUGCAGCAGCUUCGGAAAGAAGAGUUGUGGGUGGCCUCGAAGCUUCGAUGGGUCAUGGUCUAUUAUAACGCAUCUGCUAACGCACUGGGAAUAUUUUCCCCAGCGAUUACGCUGGCUCUAUUUGCUGUUAUAUCGCAGGCUAAUGGAUUCAAGCUUAAUCCAACGACUGCAUUCCCAACCAUGGCAAUCUUGAGCAUGAUUACCCACCCAGCUAAUAUGGUCAUGACAAUUGUACCGCGUGUAGUGGCAGCAUUUGCUGGGUUUGAAAGAAUUCAGUCAUUCUUGCUUCGCCCAUCUUUGCAAAACAAUCGUGGAGUUUUGCCGAGACUUACUCAAAAUGAAGUGGCAUCCAGCCACCCCACAAAUCUCAAUCUCGCAGUUCAAAUUCAGCAGUUGAGAAUCGGUGAUAAGCAGGUAAUUCUUGAUGAUAUCAACAUUGAAGUGCACGCAACAUCUUUCAUUAUAAUCUCGGGUCCUACCGGUAGCGGUAAAUCUACUUUAUUGCGCACUAUAAUUGGAGAAGUAAUACCUACCCGGGGGUCAAUCUAUUUAUCAACAAGAAAGAUAGCAUACUGUUCUCAACGACCUUGGCUACCAAGCGGUAGUAUUAGAGAGGUUAUUUACGGUGCUAAUGAUAUUGAUGGUGCUAUUAACCAAGACAAUGAGGAAUGGUACAAUACCGUUACAGAAAUGUGUUGCCUCACUCAUGAUUUCGAUACCUUACCAGAUGGAGAUCAGACACAGAUUGGUAGCAGAGGACUUAAUUUGUCUGGAGGUCAAAGACAGCGUGUGACACUAGCACGCGCAUUAUUCUCAAGGUCGGACAUAUUAUUGCUAGAUGAUACAUUUAGCGGAUUAGAUGGGGAUACUGAGCAAACCAUAUUUGAUAACUUAUUUGGGUCCCAUGGUCUAACAAAGCGGUUAAAGAUUACUGUCAUACUAGUUUCUAAUUCUACCCAGUACUUUCAAUCGGCAGAUCAUGUCGUUGUUCUGGGGGACCAUGGAAUCAUAGAUCAAGGUGACUGGCAAAGUAUCAAAAUCAAAGCUGGGUCUAUAGCAAAGUUCUCGUCUGGAAACAACAUCAAAGAUAACGCCGCAGUGGUAGCAGCUUUUGCAAAACUUAGCGCCCAGGUUCGAGCAAAAGACGAAGCUGAAAUUGAUCUUGCGAGACAGAGCGGAGACUCGGCCCUUUAUGGAUACUAUCUGAACUUUGUCGGCUCGAAGAACUUUUUUCUCCUCAUCGCCUGCACAGGAACAUAUGCUUUCUUCAUCACCAUCCCCCAAUACUACUUGCAGUUUUGGACCGAGUCAAGUAGUGGAAAUACCCUGUUUUGGGUCCUUGGAUUUUUGUUUCUGUCAUUCAUGGCGUGGAUCACGACAAGUAUUCAGAUGUUGGUCGUUCUGAUACGAUUGGCAUCGCAAUCUGGAUCUCGAAUACAUGAACGGCUUUUACAUAUCGUAACGAGCGCAUCUUUAUCAUUUUUCUCCCAGACCGGCAAUGGUUCCAUCUUGAAUAGGUUCAGUCAAGACAUCCAGCUAGUGGACAAGCAAUUGCCACCAGCCCUUCAAACAAUCAUAACUCAAAUCUUCAAGCUCUUGAUGCAAGUCAUACUACUUUUCGUCGCCCAGAAAUGGCUCACAGUAUCCCUACCAGCUUGUAUGCUUAUUGUCUAUGUCGUUCAAAAAGUCUAUCUCCGCACCUCUAGACAACUUCGUUUCCUAGAGCUAGAGGCUAGGGCAGGGGUUUUCUCAAGCUUCUUAGAAUCGGUCGAGGGUCUCGAAACAAUACGCUCAUUUGGCUGGUCGAGUGCAGUAAUAGAGGACAAUAUCACAAGUGUGGACAACGCUCAACGACCCGAAUUUCUCCUUUUGUGUCUCCAGAGAUGGCUAAAUAUCGUCCUGGAUCUUCUAGCAGCUACUGUCGCCACCAGUGUUAUCGCUUUAGCUGUCGUAUAUCGCGAUCGUGUCAGUGGUGCGCAAGUGGGAAUCGCGCUCAAUGUUAUGCUCGUGGCAAACACAACCUUACUGAAACUCGUAGAGAGCUGGACGACAUUAGAAAUUUCUCUUGGGGCAAUUGCUCGCUUGAGAACACUUGAAAAUAUGACACCUCUUGAGGGUGGUAUGGCUCAGACCUUGGAACCUGUGGAAUCUUGGCCGUCGAAAGGAAAUGUUGAGUUUAAGAACAUCACUGCAUCUUACCUACCCGGCUCAACAGCUCUCAAAAACUUAAGCCUGAACAUCACCUCAGGCCAGAAAAUCAUCGUCUGUGGACGUACAGGCAGUGGCAAAAGUACUCUCCUAUUGACACUCCUCCGACUUCUGGAAUUACAAUCUGGUCAGAUCAUACUAGACGACGUUGACAUCAAGAAAGUCGGGCUUGAUAUUCUGCGACAACGUUGCUUCAUCACCGUCUCGCAAGAUCCACUGCUUCUAUCAAAUGAAACCUUACGAUUCAAUCUAGACCCAGACGGCUCCACGUCGAACGAAACUUUAAUCGCCUCACUAAAAAGAACAGAGCUCUGGUUCUUCCUCCAAGGAGCAACCGAAACAGACGACAUCUCAGGACCCGCAUCGGACAACACACCACACAACCCCCACACCAUUCUCGACAAACCUCUCUCCUCAUUCCCAGAACUAUCCGUCGGCCAAAGCCAACUCCUCGCGCUCUGUCGCGCUCUCGUCAAAGCCCAGACGGCUCAGCACGCGGGUCGCAAACCCAUCGUGUUGUUAGACGAAGUGACUUCUUCUCUCGACUCCGUGACCGAAUCAAUCAUACAUGGUAUUAUCGACGACGAGUUUACCCAGAAAGGACACACGGUGAUAUGCGUUGCACAUCGCAUCGAAGCGUUAGCAAAACAUACAGAGCCGGGGAGGGUAGCGGUGGUAUUGUUGAGUAAUGGGAGAUUGCAAGAAGUGAUUACGGACUUGAAUUCGGGGACAUGGGAAAGGCUUGGGAGAUUAGAUUGAAUGGCUUUUCUUUCACUAUCUAUGAUGCGUGAAAUCAGAAGAAAUUCUUUUCGCUGCUUUGCUGAAAAAACAAACAAACAGAUGAGCGAUUAGACCACCAGUGAGUAUACAGACUGACAGAACGCUACGAAAAUGGUCUUGGGAAAAUCUCUCGACAUAUUGAUCCAUAUAUCUUAGGAGUUAUUACAAUAAAUUACUAGAGAUUGAACAAUUAAAAUUAUA